AGUAUACCAAGAUCUUGCAUCCCCCGACUACUUAAACAUUUGCCCGUGCCUUGUGUUCCUCGAUCAACCCGAUGGUGUUGCAAGCAUACUCGAGAAACUUUUAAGAUCCGAAAACAAAGAUGAUGCGAUGAUGGCAUUCCAAAUCGCUUUUGAUCUAAUUGAAAAUGAGCACCAAGCUUUUCUACUGAGUGCCAGAGACCAGUUGUCGAGUCCCAAGUUGAAACCUGAAACGCCAGCUGUCACGGAGCGAAAUCCGUCUGUCAGAGGACACUCAAAUGGCUGAUGAAGCGCAACCACUUAUUACUACAGAGGUUACAGUGCCUGAAUCUGUUGAUCCAGCUGAAGUGACAUAUGCUGAGAGGUUGACUAAAUUGAAGGGGAUAUUGUCUGGUGAAACUUGGAUUCAGUUGACUCUCCAGUUUUUAUACAGUCAUAACAAGUCGGAUCUGCUUAUUCUGAAGACAAUAUUAAUAAAGCAAUCAAUCGAGAUGAGAAACAGCGUUUGCCACAGUGCAACAAUAUAUGCUAACACCCUUAUGCACGCUGGAACAACUGUAGACACAUUUUUAAGAGAAAAUCUGGAUUGGUUGAGCAGAGCCACAAACUGGGCUAAAUUCAAUGCAACAGCCGGGUUAGGUGUUAUUCAUCGAGGCCAUCUUCAACAAGGAAGAUUGCUCAUGGCUCCUUAUCUUCCUCAAAGUGGGUCCGGUGGUGGUAGUCCCUAUUCUGAAGGUGGGGCCCUCUAUGCUUUGGGUUUAAUUCAUGCAAACCACGGAGGUGGUAGCGGUAGCAACAGUGGUGAAUCGAUAACGGCUCCUGGAGGUGGGUGAGCAUACAUAUCAAGGGCUGGUUUUGAGAGCAACCUAAAAGGGUAUUUUAAUGGGCUUCAUGGUAGUUUCAACUUUCAAGGGAAAAUGGAUGUGUAAAAGUUCAAGUUCUUUUAACUUCUUUUGAUGCCGUUGUUGAAAUACACAGUUGAAAAUAUACGAAACUUACAUAAAUUCGUGUAUUGAAUAUC